AUGGCAAUCAAUUUAUUUUAAAGUUCAAGCAAUAAUACCAAUUGGAAUCCGUAAAAAAAUACAAGAGUGGAAGGUUCAUACAGAGCUUAAUAUUAGCAAAUUAAACUGGAUUAUAUUCCAAAUGACUCCUAAAGUUUUGGUCCUUAAUAUUCCACAACCAUUAUUGUACAAUAAGAAUAUAAAGGAAUGUCCUUGAUGAUGGUUCGAUUGGAAGAUUAUUAUUUAAUCCGGUCUUAACAAAUUCAACGUUCACAUUAAGUUAUAGUUCAAAGUGCUUGUAGCUAAGGUCUUUUCAAUUCAAAAUUGAUAACUAAUGCGAAUCCCCAAAGUAAAUUUAUGAACUAAAUAUUAGCCCUGUAGCCUCCUUAAUUUUAGAAUUUUCGAAAUUCAUGGAACAAUAAUAAUUCUAAUAAUAAUUACUAAAACAAUAACACAUUUAGUUAAAACAAUAUCUUUAAUCAAAAUAAUACAAAAAAUGUUUUUCAGGGAUAAUAAACAAAUGAUAAUAUAUUUAAUAAUCCUAUGAACUAAUCUAAUUAACUAUUUUAGUAAUAAUCAAAUCAAAGCAUGAAUAUUUUCUAACAGCCAAAUAAUUAGAACAAUAUUUUCAAUUCUACUAAUAAUAAUAAUAAUCAAAGCAAUAAUAAUAUUUUUAAAUAACCAACCACUCCAACAAAUGCAACAAAUAAUAUUUUUGCAUAAACACCUAGCAAUAACAUUUUCGCUUAGAAUAAUCAACCAAAUAUAUUUUAGUAGCCUCAGCAAUAAGGUUUUAAUUUAUUUAAUUAACCUUCGUUGUUCCCUCAAAAUAAUUUAUAUCCGUAAAAUAAUAUCUUCUCCUAACCUAAUUUAUAUGGAUUCAAUAAUACAUUUGGAUAGCCUACCAUGUAUGGUCAACCAACUAUGUAUCCUAGUCCGAUGAACUAUCAAUAAUAUCCAUUUUAUUAACCUAUGAUUUAACCUUAAGGAUAGUAAUAGAUUACUUAUCCUUAACUUUAAUAAUUUGAAAAGGUAAAAGAUGCGGCUGAUAUCCUCUAAACUUAUGCUGAUGUCUUAAAAUAAAAAUAUUAAUAAUUUUAAGAGCUUCAAAAAAAUGAAGAACAACAUUUUGAAUAACAAGAAUUGAUAAUACAGGAACAUGAACGUUAAAAUUAAUAAAUAAGGUAAUAAAGAGAAAGGAUUUUGAAUUAAUCAUUAUCAGUAAGAUCAAACAAAAGCAAAUCCCCUUCUCCAUUUUCUAUUUCAAGAGCUGGAAAAUCAUCAACUAAUUUUCAUAGAAUGAAUUCCAGCUUACAAAGGUCACAUGUUGUGGAAUAUAACACUAGUUAAAUUUCAAACUAUGAAGAAAAUAAAUAUGAUAUUAUAGUAAAAUUCUUAGAAAGUGAAAAAUUCUUUCCCAUAAUCACAUAAUCAUUCAAGUCAAAAAGCAGAAUUGAACAUGUUAAGUUUUUCGUAGAAAAUAUUUUAUCUUAACAAAAUAUUUUCGGAAAAUAACGAUACUAAUAUUUUUAAAUGGUGAGAAUCAUCAUUGGGCAAAAUAUGACAUUAAAUCAGAUUAAUAUCCAAUUUAAAUAAAAUGUAACUAUUUUUUCCACAAUUAAGCCAAAACUAACAAAACCAGAUUAUUUAUGUAAUGUCAAUUUUGAUGAAAUGACAGAAGAAGAACUUUCGAAUGUUGAAAAUUUUACAAUUUCUAAUUAAUUUGGGUAGGUUAGAUGGCUUUCUCCUUGCAAUUUACUUUAUUUAGAUCUUGAUAAAAUUGUUGAUUUAACUCAAGAAUGCAUUAAUCUCUAUGAUUCUGAAAUUGUGAAUGAUUAUCUUAAACCAGAUAUUGGAAAAAAAUUAAAUAAAGAAUGUGAAAUUACCUUUAAUUUGCCUGCUAAUUUAAAAAUAAAUGAUGCUUCUAAAUUUGAAUAAAAUUUGAGAUAGUAAGCUGAAGGAAAGAAUAUAGAAUUUCUCAGGUUUGAUAGUGAGAAUAGAUCCUAUACCUUCAAAGUUCAACAUUUUUCUGGAUAUUAAUUUAAUUCAGAUUACUAUUCUUCUGACGAUUAAACUCGUUUGCAUUAAGCUAUUCAAACAGGGUUUGGAUAGGUAGAUGAAGAACUUUCUUCUUCACCAUCAGAUAAUGAUUUCAGUGAAGUGUAAUUGGAAGUUCUUAAAUAAUUUAAUAUUAAAUAUAAUCAUUAAAUUAGUAUUUUAAAAAAUUUGAACAUAUCCUAGAAGAAUGAAGAAAUUAUAAAAUUUAAUGUAAAAAAUAACAUCAAAGUUCCAGUAAAUAUCGAAUACAUUAAUAAUCAAUUGUAGAAUUCAAAUUAUUUGCCCAUUUAAUUUCUUGACUCUGACCAAUUACAUUACUAAUCUUUAAAAAUGAAACUAUCAGCUCAACUUAUUUAAUUAUUUUAAAUUACUGAAGAUAAAAGCAUUAAGUUCUAACUAAAAUUAUUUAAUGUUCUUUUUGGAGAUACAUCAAUCAGUCUAGGAGGGUAUGCUAAGCUUAUAAAAAAAAAUAUAUUCAAUUUAAUAGAUCUUCAAUCUAUAACUCAACAUGAACAAGAUAGAGGUUUGGCUUUAAGCUUAAUUUUUGAGAAUUAAAAAAAAAAGUAAAAUAAUGAUUUCAGAGAAUUCAUCAUAGAUCAAAAAGACUUAAAUCCAAUUUAAAAAAUAUUUUUAACAAUAAACUCCAAAUCAACAAAGAAAUUAGAUUUUGGACAUGGAGAAUUGAUAGAUGAAUUCAUAAAUUGGAGAAUAAACUGUGAACAACCAAAACCACUAUAUGAAAAAGAAUGGUGGAAAAGUCUUUAUAUGUAACUUUAAGGAAAGCCAUUGAAGACUAUAGAUUAAGCUGCCCUCUACUAUUACUUAAUAAAAAAGACUAAAUAGUCAAAAUCAUCCGAUCUGUUAUUGAAUUAUUUAUAAUAAAGCAAUGAUGCUCUAGCUUAUUUACUUUUUGCCAUUAUUAUUCGGAAAAACAAAAUAUAAAUUAAAAUAGAAAAAUUAAAAAUUUUAGCCAGAUCUUUUCUGUCUAAAUUAAUUGAUAAUAGAGUGAGCUACGAAAUAAUAAAAGAGUUUUUAUCAAUAUUGCAUCCUUCAAUAUACUAGAAAGAAGAAAUUGUUAAGUUGUAAAAUUUAAUAAAUAAACAUCCAAACUAUAAGGAAUAUGCUAAUGAUGAGCAAGAGAUUACAAAGUAUAUCAACAAUUAUGAUUACAAAAAUGCAAUAAUCCAGAUCCUUAAGUAAAAGAAAAUAUCAGAAUAUAAAUAAAUAAUUAAUGAUUAUGUUAUUCCUUGCCUUGUAAUAGAAAAUUAAAGAUAAAAUGAAAACUCAUUUGAUGAUUAGACAACAAACCUAAUCAACUAGAUAUUAGAUAAUUGCCCUUACAGUUCUGAUGUUCUCACAUUAGCAUAAGUAAUAAUUUAAGUGUUGAUUUAGAUUUAUAUGGGAAGAUUAGAGUUUGAAUAUACUCAAGUUGAGAAUAUUAAUGUAUAAAAUGAAUAUUAAUAUUUUAUGAAGCAGAAGAUUAUGUAAUAAUAUAGAGAAAUUUGA